AUGGAGGAAGAUGAGAACAGACCAGAGUCUCCAGUAUCCAGUCAUCUGUCUAUGAAGAGUGACUGGUCCAAAGAUUAUCCUCCAGCCUUCGGUCCUGGACCUGGACCCUCAGACACAAGAAAGAAGAAGAAAAGUGGUGUUGGUGAAGAGGAGCAGCUGUGGAGGAUGAACCAGACUGGUUCCAGGUGUGGAGAUGAAUCCAGAACCAGACCUGGACUGCAGACAGCCAGUCAGACCAGCAUGGUACAAACUGGUGGUGGGCUGCAGGAGGUGUUGGAUGAACAUAAGAUCAGUCUGAGGAGGAGAUGUGAAUGUGUGACUGAAGGAACUGAUAGAACAGGAAGUGAAAUCCCCCUCAACAGGAUCUACACUGAGCUCUACAUCACAGAGGGACACAGUGAAGAUGUCAAUACCCAACAUGAGGUGAGGCAAUUUGAGACCACUUCCAAGAAGACCCUCCAGGACACUCCAAUCAAGUGCCACGAGAUCUUUAAAGCCUUCCCCGACCAACAGAGACACAUCAGAGUGGUUCUGACGAGUGGUGACGCCGGCAUUGGAAAAACCUUCUCAGUGCAGAAGUUUACUCUGGACUGGGCAGAGGGUUUGGAAAACCAAGAUAUCAGGCUGCUGGUUCUGCUCUCGUUCAGGGAGCUGAACCUGCUCAGACAUGAGCAGCACAGUCUUUUCACACUGCUCCAUGUUUUCCAUCCAACCUUACAGAAGGUCACAGCAGAGGAGCUGGCUCUCUGUAAAGCUCUCUUCAUCUUUGAUGGCCUGGAUGAAAGCAGACUUUCAUUGGAUUUCAGCAACAGUGAGGUUGUGUCCGACGUCACUCAGAAGUCCUCAGUCAGCGUGCUGGUGACAAACCUCAUCCAGGGGAACCUGCUGUCCUCGGCUCUCGUCUGGAUCACUUCCCGACCUGCAGCAGCCAAUCAGAUCCCUCCGACAUGCGUCGACAGGGUGACAGAAGUACGAGGCUUCACUGACGCCCAGAAGGACGAGUACUUCAGGAGGAGGUCCGGUAAUGAAGAGCUGUCCAGCAGGAUCUUCUCACACAUCAAGGCCUCCAGGAGCCUCCACAUCAUGUGUCAAGUCCCGGUCUUCUGCUGGAUCACUGCUACAGUUCUGGAGCACAUGUUGACUACAGAGCAGAGAGGAGAGCUGCCCAAGACUCUGACUGAACUGUAUUCACACUUCCUGCUGGUUCAGACCAAGAGGAAGAAGCACAAGUACAGUGAGGUACAUGGGACAAGCCUACAGGAGCUGAUGGAGGCCAACAGGGACGUUCUUCUGAAGCUGGGGAGGCUGGCGUUUGAACAUCUGGAGACAGGAGACAUCAUGUUCUACCAAGAAGACCUGGAGCAGUGUGGUUUAAAUGUCUCAGAGGCCUCAGUGUACUCAGGACUUUGUACAGAGAUCUUCAAAAGAGAGCGGACGAUCUUCCAGAAAUCAGUCUACUGCUUUGUUCAUCUGAGUGUUCAGGAGUUUCUGGCUGCAGUCUUCAUGGCCCACUGUUGUACCAACAGGAACAUAGAGGUACUGGAGACAUUUCUGGGGAAAGACUACAAGGUCUCAUCUCUGAAUGAUGUCCUGAAGAGAGCCAUGGACAAAUCCCUUGAAAGUAAAACUGGCCAUCUUGACCUGUUUGUCCGAUUCCUUCAUGGUUUCUUAAUGAAGUCCAACCAGAGACUCUUAGGAGGCCUGCUGGGUCAGACAGAGAACAGUCCAGAAACCAUCCAGAGAGCCACUGACAACCUGAAAGAGAUGAAUAUGUACAGCAUCUCUCCUGAUAGAAGCAUCAACAUCUUUCAAUGUCUGAUGGAGCUGAAUGACCACUCAGUCCAUCAGCAGAUCCAAGAGUUCCUUAAGUCAGAGACCAGGUCAAAGAAGGAACUCUCUGAGAUCCAGUGCUCAGCUCUGGCCUACAUGCUGCAGAUGUCAGAGGAGGUUCUGGAUGAGUUGGACCUGAAGAAGUACAACACAUCAGAAGAGGGACAACGAAGACUGAUCCCUGCUGUGAGGAACUGCAGAAGGUUUCGGCUUUAUAACUGUCGACUCUCAGAAACUCACUGUGAAAUUGUGGCCUCAGCUCUGAAGUCCAACCCCUCCCAUCUGAGGGAACUGGAACUUAGCUACAACAACGACCUGCAGGAUUCAGGAGUGAAGCAGCUGUGUGCUGGACUGGAGAGUCCACACUGUCGACUGGAGAUUCUUAGAUUGAGGGACUGCAGUUUGUCAGAGACCAGCUGUGCUUCUCUGGCCUCAGCUCUGAAAUCUAACCCCUCCCAUCUGAGAGAACUGGAUCUGAGUGAUGACAAGCUGCAGGACUCAGGAGUGAAGCUGCUGUGUGCUGGACUGGAGAGUCCACACUGUCAACUGGAGACUCUGAGAUUGUGGCGCUGCAAGUUGUCAGAAACCAGCUGUGCAUCCCUGGCCUUGGCUUUGAAUUGUAACCCCUCCCAUCUGAGAGAACUGGACCUGAGAUGCAACAAUGUGCGGGAUUUAGGGUUGAAGCUGAUCUGUGAUUUUCUGCAGAGUCCACACUGUAGACUGGAGACUCUGAGACUGAGUUGCUGUGGUUUGCCAGAGACCAACUGUGCUUCUCUGGCCUCAGCUCUGAAGUCCAACCCCUCCCAUCUGAGAGAACUAGACCUGAGCUGGAACAACAGCCUGCAGGUUUCAGAUAUGAAGCUCCUGUGUGAUUUAGUGGAGAGUCCAGACUGUCGACUGGAGACUUUGAGGUAUGGCAUGGACAGUGUGAUUAAAACUUCCAGAAACAAAUCAUGUGAGUAGUGAAACAGUGUCUCCUCUUCAUCAAACUGUCAUCAAUAAACUGAUCUGGCUGUCACUGAGGGGCCAACCAAAGUCCAGACCCUGGAGACCUGAAGAGUUCACAGACACUUCCCAUCCAGUCUGAUGGAGCCUGAGAGGAUCUGCAAGAAGAACGGGAUCAACUGCUCAAAUCCAGGUUUGCACAGCUGGUAGAGACUCAGCCAAGAAGACUGGAGCUGCACCUGCUGCCAGAAGGGGUCCUACAGAGUCCUGGAUUAAGGCCUGGAUAAAUUACUUUUGUACAUGAGAGAUUGCAGCUUUGAUUUUUAUCAUUUGCAACAAUGUCACCAUGUUUUUGCUUUGCCACUUUGGGUUACUGAGUGUAGACUGAUUGGCAACAAUAGAAAGGGUCAGAGUUUUCUUUAUCAGUUGACAAUGAAUCUACAAGACAAUAAAGUGC